AUGUGUUGGAAACCAAAGAUUUCUCUUUUCUCACAUAAUAGCAGUUGUGUUCCCUUUCUAGUUAUAUUUGCAUUCUUAUCUUUCUUCCUCGUAUGUACAACAACAGACGCAUUGAAUGCAAGUACUUUGAAAGAUAUCUCUAUUAAUGCUUCUGACGUUGUAGAAACCACCAAGAGGGAUUUGGCAAAUUUCACCACCACACUGCUGCUGCUCAUACACGAUGACACUCUCUCAGCAAGCACACGUGAUAUACUUAAGCAACAAUUAUCAACUACAUUGCUCAGUGUGAAGAGUUUCACACAAGAUGUCUGUACGGUUCUUGAACAGCAAUGGUCAAUAACCUCCACUAGUACUAAUAGUGUUAGUACCAGAGUAUCUGCUGUUGAGAACGCUUUACAGAUUGAAACCGUAUUCCUUAUAGAAUUGUCACAUCUCUGCCGUAUCGCAAGGAGACGACUGCGACGAUGGGAUGCAAAACUUAUUGAGAUUUUCGGCAACAAUGAUUGA